UUUACCUGUGUACAUGCGUGGCAACACCAGGAAGUCUAUCGGGUAUUCAAUAGCGCACGUGUGUACAGGGCGGGGUAUGAGGUACAGCUGAUUUACCUUACAGGUGAUAUUUUCUCCAGUGGGAGUAGACAAGGGGACAACAUUUGCUGACGGGAAUUGGAAUCUAAGAAAUACACAACCAAGUCAGUGACCAACAUGGCACCCCAGAGAAAACAAUCCUUUAUGUUAUUUGCAGGCUUAUAUGUCAUUAUGAUUUGCCUACCAAACAGCUGUUCGUCAAACUCAACGUUAUCUACCUCGGACUCAACAGUAAUAUCUCUAGGAACAACAACAACAUCAACAACAAUGUCCACAACAACAAAAACGGCAACCUCACCAACAAAAGAACCAGCUAGCCCAACAAGCAAUGAUGUUACAUCACCUACCACACCAACCACCACUACCACACCAACCACCACUACCACACCGACCACCACUACCACACCGACCACCACUACCACACCGACCACCACUACCACACCGACCACCACUACCACACCGACCACCACUACCACACCGACCACCCCUAGCACAACAUCCAAUACUAGCACAACAUCCAAUACUACCACAACAUCAGCUGUAGCAUCAUCGACUGCAGCAGCAUCAUCCACCGACCCACACUCAUCUGUCAAACCAACGACCAGUGUCGCAACUACAACUAGCGGACAACCCUCCGAAGCAACUCCAACUGAAACAUCUACAUCUGAAGCAACUGCAUCUGAAACAAGUACAACUGAAACAACUACAACUGAAGCAACUACAUCUGAAACAUCUACAUCUGAAGCAACUACAUCUGAAACAUCUACAUCUGAAGCAACUACAUCUGAAACAAGUACAACUGAAGCAACUACAACUGAAGCAACUACAUCUGAAACAUCUACAUCUGAAGCAACUACAACUGAAACAUCUACAUCUGAAGCAAUUACAACUAGAAUCACUACUCAGGCACCGGAGGAAUACCCUGACAAAACUGUCAACAAAGAAGCGUACUUUGAUUUGACCAUCGCCUUCAGUUAUGAUUCUGAUCUAAGCACAGUUCAAACAAACAUCACUGAAGCGUUUAGAAAUACUCCCGGAUUUCGUAGAGUGGUUAUGAAUACGCCACAAAGCAGAUUGAGAAGAGACACAUCUCGUAGCAAAAGCAAUUUUACGGCAUCCUUUGAUGCGGCCAGCAUACAAAACAAGACUGAAUUUAAGAUGGCAAUUAACCAGUCCAUUAACAGCCUGAGAAAUAUUAUAACCUUCGAAGAUGAUUUGAACAGCAUUACUGAAGCAUUUUUUAUGGAGAUAGAAGAUAUAUGUAACGCUGCGUAUGUCUGCUCGGCAGCAUACGAGUGUCUUAUUGGAGGAGUUUGCCGGUAUCGCUGUAAGAAUAAAUGUAGUGGUACACAAAUCUGCUCAAUCGUAGUCAACUCAACAUCGACAACAGCAAAAUGCAGCCACGUUUCCGCCCCAACCACCGCGGCGCCAGCAGUAACAGUUAGUAAGGAUGAUGAACGUUUGAUACAAGUAGCGGUUCCAUUGGCUGUUGUACUGUUCCUCGUCAUCCUAAUACUUAUAUACACGUGCCACAAACUACAUAGACAAGACAAAAAUGGAGGUGAAAAGUUCUACAAUAUGCACCAGUUUUAACGAGACAUCAUCGCCAUCCUUUUCUUUGUGAUCUUGUGAAAAAUGUUUAAUAGUAUAUAUAUUUAUACAGGUCUCUCAACAUACAUAUUUAUCAAGAUUGCCUAGUUGCCAAAUUCCCCAGUCCAAACCUGUUAAUGAACUGUGUGAUUUUGUUCGCACGUGUUUUUAGACAUUAACUACAUAAUGCCUGUAAUAAGCGUUUUGGGAUUUUCAUAUCUCCUAAUAUUAAGUAGAUGAUGACGUGUUCAAUAAAUGCGUUGAUGUAUCAUCAGAGCAAUUGUCUACGUACCUAUUAUCGUUAUGUCCGAGGGCAUGGCUGUGAACUACAAUAAAUGACACCGGGCAAAACAAAUAUAGAUGUGGCAUACACGGGGAUCUUUCACGAUUGCGCUUAAAAAAAAAUAUUUGAGUUUAUCAAUGUGAUGGGAACCUAGUCUUAAGUGGGCGUCACAUGAAAUUAAUAGAUCAGUUUAAUAAUUUUAACAUUACGUGCACACGAGUUUAAGAUUCUAUUUGUCAGAAUAAUGCAUACAUAUGUUUUUGAUGUUGCUAUUCGAUAUGGAAAUAAUUGUAAGCACAUAUUUUUACUAACAAGACAAAUAAGACAACCGUCAAUUAUUGAUGAAGGCACAAAAGUGUUAUUGUUUGUGUGAUAAAACCAUUUCCUCAUUUUUAAUGAAAUUGUUGAAUUGUUAAAACAAUUUAUAACUAGCACAGGGACCCACCAGAUAAAAUAUCUGUUUUUUUUCCUUUUUAUAGUCUGCGUUAUUUACUUGUUAUGAUGCUUCCAUAUAUUUUCUUACAGUAAUGAUGUUGUUGUUUUUUAAUUUGUAUUCUCAGUCCAAUCUUGAUGAAAAUGAAAUCCAGAGAUUAAGAAUGUCCCUUUACAAUUGAUAGCAAAAUUUCUAUUUAAAGUGAUGUUCACUUGUGAUUUAGUACCAAAACCGGGUACAAAAACUUACCCACAAUAUCCGAUGAUUAAUACGAUAAGUCAUGUUGUGUGUACAGGUGUUUUCAUACUCUUAGUUUUAUUUUCGUAAUUAAAAGUGUUGUCCUGUGUAUGAAUAAUAUCAUCAGCACUCCAUAUUAUCUGUGUUUGCUUCUGAACUAUAUAACUGUGCAUGCAAGUAUUCUAAUUAUUAAUCUUAUAAAAAUAUAAAUUCGUUUCGUGACAAAACAGAUGUAUUCUUCAUUAGCGUGUUAUGUACAAUGUAUCAUUACAUAAAUGCCAUAUUAUAUAUCUCGUUUACAUAUAUAUAUUUACCAUUGUAUGACACUGCCACUAUCUAACCCUACCAAUUCAGUUGCGAGUUCACCAGCUUAUGAACUGCCAACUGAAAUUUGAAUUUGAAAAUUUCCAAAAAAAAUCGCACGACAAAUAAAAAAUCGCAGAUGGUAAAUAUAAGCAUUGACCGUCUUUCAGUUGGCAUUCAUAUUGACUAUGAAUGCCAACUGAUAGCCGUUCAAUGCUUAAAUGGAUGCAAUCUGAUUUUCUAUUAUAAACAUGCAUUUUGAUUUCCAAUGUCAUAUUUGUUUGUUAUAUAUAUAUAUCCAUUAAAAAGUAAUAUAUUCAAAUUAGAUAUGCAACAGUAUAGAGGUUUCACAGAUUUUGUUUGUUAUACAAUCAUAAAUGCAUUGUGGCGUUGAAUUCAUCAAGCAAUAUGUAAUCAGUUCCAACUUCAGGCAUAAUGUGAUGCCCCUCUCUAUAUAUAAUGUACACUAUACAUAUUAUGUGCUCCUAUAUAAUAGGAAAAUUACAAUACAUGUACAUAUGCAGUGUCAUUUUGAUUGUUUUGUUUAUAUAUUAACUGUGGUGUGAAAUAAACCGUAUACAAAUACUGG